GCACGCGGGCACCAUGGCCCAGACACCCGCCUUCGACAAGCCCAAGGUGGAACUGCAUGUCCACCUAGAUGGAGCCAUCAGGCCUGAAACCAUCUUGUACUAUGGCAGGAAGAGAGGGGUCGCCCUCCCAGCUAGCACAGCAGAGGAGCUGCAGAAAGCCAUCUGCAUGGACAAACCACUCAGCCUCCCGGGCUUCCUGGCCAAGUUCGACAUCUACAUGCCUACUAUUGCGGGCUCCCGGGAGGCCAUCAAAAGGAUCGCCUACGAGUUCAUAGAGAUGAAGGCCAAGGAGGGUGUGGUGUACGUGGAGGUGCGCUACAGCCCGCACCUGCUGGCCAACGCCAGCGUGGAGCCGAUUCCCUGGAACCAGGCAGAAGGGGACCUCACCCCAGAAGAGGUGGUGGCCCUUGUGAGCCAGGGCCUGCAGGAGGGGGAACGAGACUUCGGGGUGAAGGCCCGGUCCAUCCUGUGCUGCAUGCGCCACCAGCCCACCUGGUCCCUUGAGGUAGUGGAGCUGUGUAAGAAGUACCAGCAGCAGACUGUGGUGGCCAUCGACCUGGCUGGAGACGAGACCAUCCAGGGAAGCAGCCUCUUCCCAGGACAUGUGCAGGCCUACGAGGAGGCUGUGAAGAGCGGCAUUCACCGCACUGUCCAUGCUGGGGAGGUGGGCUCGGCCGAGGUGGUGAGAGAGGCGGUGGACAUACUCAAGACGGAGCGGCUGGGGCACGGCUACCACACUCUGGAAAACGAGGCCCUCUACAACAGGCUGCGGCAAGAAGACAUGCACUUCGAGGUCUGCCCCUGGUCCAGCUACCUCACCAGUGCCUGGAAGCCAGACACGGAGCAUGCGGUUGUCCGGCUCAGAAAGGACCAGGCUAACUACUCGCUCAACACAGAUGACCCGCUCAUCUUCAAGUCCACCCUGGACACGGAUUACCAGAUGGUCAAACAGAACAUGGGCUUUACCGAAGAGGAGUUUAAGAGGCUGAACAUCAAUGCAGCCAAGUCCAGUUUCCUCCCGGAAGAUGAGAAGAGGGAGCUGCUGGAGCUGCUCUAUAAAGCCUACGAGAUGCCACCGUCCACCUCUGCAGGGCAGCACCCCUGAAGACGCCAUGGCCAUCUCUCCAAGUCCUCGCCUUGUGGAUUCUUGGCAACUCUGUGGGGUCGACGACGCUCUUACAUUUAUUCCUUCCAAGAAGACUGUGAUUUCUGUAGUCAGCCAGUGAAGCUCUUGAAGCUCGGGUGCCUGUUUCUGUACACACAUAUACCUCGGCAUGGCCACAUCUCCUCUGGUGUAUGCCCUGGCCAGGGACCAGAGUCCUUGCUGAUGGGUGUGGCUGACUCUGAAACCCUCCUUCUAUUACAACUCAUACUGAAAAUCUGGUGCUCAAUAAAGAAGCCAACGGCUGGUGUCAUGCAG